UCUGGCAGUUGCUGAAUAAUUUGCAUGAAAAAUACGCCAGUAUUUGUAGAAAUUUCCUCCAUGUGAAACGUCCGCUUUUAAUCACAAUUAAAAAUUUCGUCUCACAAUGACCUCAAUAUCUUCGUUAUUUUGAAGUAAGAUUUUCUUGGUAAUUGCGUCAAUCCUCGUUGCGUAUUUAAUCCUUCCACCUGUCUUUAUCUUUGUUCUUGCACCACUUUAUAUCUACAGAAGAAUAAUAAUAUUUCUCUCAUCAAAGUGGAAAAAUGGGUUUUAUGCCCCCUUAACUGUUGACGAUUGUCUCCACGUUAAUGACGACUUCUACGGAAAACCGAGAUGCACAAUUUGCGGCGUGAUAUACUUAAAAGGUAGCCAUUCCUUCGAAGAUUUAGUCAUUAAACUGGAAGGAUUAACGGAUAAGUAUCCGAGAUCAACACACACCAUUUCGCGAUGGAUGUACAUCUACUUUUGGAAAAAAUGCGAGGACUUCAAAAUUUCCGAUCACAUCUCCCUAAACGAAGAAUCCGAUCCAGAAAAACUUUCAAAAAUUUUGAAUAGUCUCACCAAUAAAAGUUUUCCUGCCGGAAAACCGCUUUGGGAGUUCAUAUCCCUGCCGAAUUAUGCGCAUGCGGAGUACGGAACAUCCUCAGCUGUAGCCAUGCGAGUACAUCACACCGUUGGGGACACUUUAGGAUUCAUGUCCGUCGUUCGCGACUUGGGCGAGAAAGAUCCCGCUUCUGAUAAGCAAGUCGAAAAACUUUUGAAAGCGAUAAGGAAAAAAAUGAAUUUAAAUUUCUGGAAAAAAGUUAGCUACCUAUUUCAACUAAUUUUCAUCACCCCGGCGCAAGUCACGUACUGUUGGUUCAACGCUUUGAGCGCGCAAGGCAUUCCGCGAAAUUCAAACCAGAAUCCGAACUGUGAUUCUGAUGAGACGAUAAACGCAUCGACUUUGAUUGAUCUGACCUUGCUGAAACGUAUCUCGAAGAAGACCGGGGUCAAUGUAACGUCCGUAGUCCACGCCGGUGUGGCGGGAGCUGUUCGAAGGACCGUUCUAGACAAGGGUGGCGACCCUAAAGGAGAUAUUUCAGUUAUCUACGCUCUUCCCAAAUUGAACCAUCCUGGAACAUUGUCGAAUAAUGCGUUUGGCGUGCCUCUAGUUACUCCGAUGUCUGGAGAAGGUAGGUUUCAACGACUUGCGCGGAUUUCAUACGAAUUGGAUCAGCUCUUCUACACCCCUCUACCAAUCGGAAUGAUGAUCCAAUUUGUGACUUUGGGCUUAGUGCUGGGCACCUUGGGACAGAUGAAAUUUAUGCCAACUACUUGCACUUACAUCCAUUCGAACGGAGCCUACUUUGGUGAGACGAUGAAAAUGUUUGGAACGAGUUUGGAAAGAGCGGUCUUCGCCCCGGGGUUGCAGCGUGCGGGAAAUCCUCUGCUAGUCGUGACUGCAAGUUAUCAUGGAAAAUUGGGUCUGCAACUGGUCGGAGAUAGGAAAGUUUUUCCAGACGAGGAAAGUUUAAUGCGAGUUGUGAACUAUGUUGAGGACGAGUUUGAAUCGAUGGAUGGAUAAUUUUAGACAAAAAUGUCAAUAAGUCUUGUCAUAUGUAGAUAUGAAAAACUCAACCUAAAUAUAUAUUUCAAUUCAUGCUUUAUGCAUUUAUAAUUCCCCAACUUUUAAUUUUUGAAUAAAAAUUUUCAUCCUUGCACCACCCCCUUAGGAGAAACCAUGGACAACAAAUAGGUUUAUGCACCCUGGUUUAGCUCUAUCUAAGUUUCCAUAAUUAAUUUUGUAUGUAUUCGUGCUGUUAAGUUUUCGUUUAACUUCUGAUCACAGCUUCAAUUGAUUGAGCUGGAAUUUAAGGUGGAAAAUUAUUACCUGAAAUUGACAGCUUUAUUAAAUAUUAGUUAAUGUCUAGCACAAAAAUAUUUCAUCUUGCAAUCCCUGUAUUAAUAUCUACAUAAUUUACGUAGUUAAUCAUGUACAUACAUAAAUAUACUUGCAUAUAUGCGUAUGUAACAUGGUAAAUAAGUAAAGAAAUCUAACAAAUCUUCCCAUAAACAAUUUAGUAAAACUUAAUAUAUAGAAA